UUUGUUUAGAAAAAAGGGAUACCAAAAAUAAUGUCAUUUCAAUAAGUCAUAGCAUGUCUUUUCUUCUUUACUUGCUUGCUCUUCCCUCUUGGGCUUCCUGUCUUCUGGAAUACAUGCGUGUGAGAAAGUUAAGAAGAAUCUAUACACUCUAGAAACUCGAUAGGAGGCAGCAGCUGAGUCUCUCAUCAUCAGCCUAAAAAUAAUCUACUCCGGAUCCUGUGUGUUGGCUUCUUCGCAGCAGUACCGGUCUCUGUCAUCUGGAUGAUCCUGGCCAAAUCUGGAGAAGUUUUCAUUGGCUUUUUGGGUCAGGGUAUGUGUCUGUGUUUGUGAAGCGGAGUUGCCUCGAGCGAAGCAAUGGACCUUGCGUUUUGUGGCAACGACAACCGUUUUGCCUACAACAUCAGCGGUGGCCUCAUCAGGAAUGUCUGCUUUCUGGAUGCCCUCAACUUGGUACCCCAUGUUUUCCUCUUAUUUAUCACCUUUCCUAUAUUGUUCAUUGGAUGGGGAAGUCAGAGCUCCAAAGUUCAGAUCCAUCACAACACAUGGCUACACUUCCCAGGACACAACCUGCGAUGGAUCCUGACGUUCACCCUCCUGUUCGUGCACGUCUGUGAAAUAGGAGAAGGCAUAGUUUCAGAUGGAAAAUUGAACACUUGCCAUCUGCAUCUUUUCCUUCCUGCCGUAAUGGGAUUUGUAGCUGCAACAACGUCUAUUGUGUAUUACCACAACAUCGAGACAUCAAACUUUCCCAAACUGCUUCUGGCUCUCUUUGUCUACUGGAUCAUGGCCUUUAUUACCAAAACCAUCAAGCUAGUCAAAUAUUGCCAGGAUGGGAUCCAGUUUACUCUGCUGCGUGUGUGCAUUACGGGAAUUAUGGUUGUGCUCUAUGGGUUGCUCAUGGCAGUGGAGAUCAACGUCAUCCGUGUUAGGAAAUAUGUAUUUUUCACAAACCCUCAAAAAGUGAAGCCUCCUGAAGAUCUGCAGGAUCUGGGCGUGAGGUUUCUCCAGCCCUUUGUCAACUUACUCUCAAAAGGAACGUAUUGGUGGAUGAACACGCUCAUCAUAUCAGCUCACCGGAAGCCGAUCGACCUGAAGGCCAUCGGGAAGCUGCCAAUUGCCAUGCGAGCCCUGACUAAUUAUGUCUGCUUAAAAGAUGCAUACGAGGAGCAAAAGAAAAAGGUGGCAGAUCAUCCCAACCGUGUCCCGUCCAUCUGGCUAGCCAUGUACCAUGCUUUUGGGAGGCCGAUCCUUCUGAGCAGCACCUUUCGUUACUUAGCUGACCUUCUGGGGUUUGCUGGACCACUCUGCAUUUCUGGUAUUGUCCAGAGCUUCUCCGAUGAGAUGGAACAAAAUGGCAGCCUGAACUCAACCAGCCUUCCCACUAAUUAUACUACAGAUCCUUUCCUCAGUUCAAAGGAUUUCCUCAAGAACAAUUAUGUUUUGGCUGUCCUCCUUUUCCUGGCCCUCAUCCUGCAGAGGACGUUUCUCCAGGCCUCCUACUACGUUACCAUAGAAACGGGCAUCAACCUGCGAGGAGCUUUACUGGCAAUGAUCUAUAAUAAAAUCCUGAGACUUUCGACAUCCAACUUGUCCAUGGGAGAGAUGACGUUGGGACAGAUCAAUAAUCUGGUUGCCAUAGAAACAAAUCAGCUCAUGUGGUUCUUGUUCCUGUGUCCUAACCUAUGGGCUAUGCCCGUUCAGAUUAUCAUGGGUGUCAUUCUACUUUUCAACUUACUUGGACACAGCGCCUUGGUUGGAGCUGCUGUCAUAGUACUGUUGGCUCCAAUACAGUAUUUCAUAGCAACAAAACUGGCCGAGGCCCAGAAGAGUACCCUUGAUUAUUCUACGGAAAGGCUGAAAAAAACCAAUGAAAUAUUGAAAGGCAUCAAACUGUUAAAGCUGUAUGCUUGGGAACAUAUCUUCUGCCGCAGCGUGGAGGAUACAAGAAUGAAGGAAUUAACUAGCCUCAAAACGUUUGCUCUUUAUACUUCCCUCUCCAUUUUUAUGAAUGCCGCUAUCCCAAUUGCAGCUGUUCUUGCGACCUUUGUGACCUAUGCUUAUACAGAAGAUAAGCAACUAACGACAGCUCAGGCGUUCGCAUCGCUCUCGCUGUUUCACAUCCUGGUCACUCCACUUUUCCUGCUCUCCACGGUCGUUAGAUUUGCUGUCAAGGCCAUCAUAAGCGUGCAAAAAUUGAAUGAAUUUCUCAUAAGUGAUGAGAUUGGAGAUGACAGCUGGAGGCCUGAAGAGAGUGCUUUAACCUGUGAGCCUUGUGAAAAGCACCCUGGACUUUACCCCAAAACCAUAAAUCGGAAACAGCCCCUGAGAUACCAGCUGGACAGCUAUGAGCCACCACUGAGGAUGUCGAGCCGCCAUAUGGAAGUUGAUGAUUAUGCUAUCAAGGUAACCAAUGGAUAUUUCUCCUGGGGAAGUGGUUUAGCAACAUUAUCCAAUAUUGAUAUCAGAAUCCCAACAGGCCAAAUGACAAUGAUUGUGGGUCAGGUGGGUUGUGGCAAAUCUUCUCUCCUCCUGGCUAUGCUUGGCGAGAUGCAAACCCUGGAAGGCAAAGUUCAUUGGAGCCGUGUAAAUGAAACUGAGUCUUCUUUUGAAGCAAACCGGAGGAACCGAUACUCGGUGGCUUAUGCAGCCCAGAAGCCCUGGCUCCUGAAUGCCACAGUGGAAGAAAACAUUACAUUUGGAAGUCCAUUUAAUAAGCAGAGAUACAAAGCUGUCACAGAGGCAUGUUCUCUACAACCUGAUAUUGAUCUGUUGCCCUUUGGAGAUCAGACAGAAAUUGGAGAAAGGGGAAUUAACUUAAGCGGGGGUCAAAGACAACGGAUCUGCGUGGCUCGUGCACUUUACCAAAACACCAACAUUGUCUUUCUGGAUGAUCCAUUUUCAGCCUUGGACAUUCAUCUAAGUGACCACCUGAUGCAAGAAGGUAUCUUGAAGUUUCUGAAAGAUGACAAAAGGACCCUCAUACUAGUGACUCAUAAACUGCAGUACCUGCCACAUGCUGACUGGAUCAUUGCCAUGAAGGAUGGGACUGUGCUUAGAGAAGGGACAUUGAAGGAUAUCCAAACUAAUGACGUUGAGCUGUAUGAACACUGGAAAACUCUGAUGAAUCGCCAAGAUCAGGAACUAGAAAAGGAUAUGGAAGCUGACCAAACCACUCUGGAAAGGAAGACACUCCGAAGAGCUAUGUAUCCAAGAGAAUCUAAAGCACAGCUAGAGGAUGAAGAUGAAGAGGAAGAGGAGGAUGAGGAUGAGGAUGACAACAUGUCAACAGUCAUGCGUCUCAGGACGAAGAUGCCGUGGAAAACCUGCUGGCUCUACCUCACUUCUGGAGGCUUCCUCCUGCUCUCUCUGAUGAUUUUCUCCAAACUACUGAAGCAUUCGGUCAUCGUUGCCAUUGAUUAUUGGCUGGCCCAGUGGACCUCAAUGGACGAGUACCAGACCUUGUGUUCCACAGAAGAGCCGACCAGAAAGACUUGCAACGUAGCUGUCUUCAGUAUCUUAAGUGGUGCGGGGAUCGUGCUUUGCCUGGUCACGUCUUUGACAGUGGAAUGGAUGGGCCUGACUGCAGCUAAGAACCUCCAUCAUGAUCUUCUCAACAAAAUCAUCCUUGGACCAAUCAGAUUCUUCGACACAACACCAUUGGGGCUGAUCCUCAACCGCUUCUCCGCGGAUACAAAUAUUAUUGAUCAGCACAUUCCACCAACUCUGGAGUCCCUCUCCCGAUCCACGUUGCUCUGCCUGUCUGCCAUCGGGAUGAUUUCGUACACCACUCCGCUGUUCGUAGUUGCUCUCGCGCCUCUUGGCAUAGCCUUUUAUUUCAUCCAGAAAUACUUCCGAGUUGCAUCCAAGGACCUCCAGGAGCUUGACGACAGCACCCAGCUGCCUCUCCUAUGCCACUUCUCAGAGACGGCCGAAGGUCUCACUACCAUCAGAGCAUUCAGGUAG